AGGACUUCACAGGACCCCUUGUGUAAUGAUGUAUGUUUCGAUGUUUCCCAGCUCCUGUUUCUGCCGCGUACGCGUUUCCUAGUGCUUUCCAGCUGUGAUAUAACGGCGGAAAACCAAAAUGACCAUGACAUCAGCAACGCCCCCCGUUUACGCAACGGGCGGAAGUGUCGCCGACACAGGGGCGCAGCGAAAUAAUCCGCUUGCCGCGCCGCUGCUCACAGAACAAUCGUCCAUCGGGAUUGAUGAAAAGUUAAUACUUAAUGAUGAAUAUUGUCAAAGAGCUCCAUUAGAUGUCGACGAAGUGGUAUCGGCACCAGCAGCGAAGCUGGCCGCAAAAACAAGAAGUAUUUCACAGCUGGCGCCCUACGUCGCCGUCGUUGCUGUGCUAGGGUUCGCGAAAAACCUUUCCAUCGAGUUUACCUAUUGAAAGGAAAAAUCCCCCCUCCCCAUAUUGAAAAGGUAUGACUUCGAAAAUUUGUGUUGCUGAUUUGAGGUCACAAAUCACAUUUGUCUUGCAAGAAGACAAGGGCAGGAGCUUUCGCCCCAUUAUGGAAGCGAUUUGCCAUGCUCGUGGGCCUAAAGGGGAGCCGUUUGCCAUGCUGAACAACUAGACACGUAAGCCCCUAUCUAGCCUGGAGAUCUGCCCGCAAUGCCUCUCUGCAAUACAAAGCUGAUUUGUGUACGCAAAUCAGCAUCAGAAAUUUCCAUUUUGAUAUGGGGCGGGGGAAUUUUUCAUAGUGAUAUUACCACUGGUGUCCUCUGGGACGCGUCCACCGACGGUCCGCAUUCGGGUGCAAAGGGUUAUUCUCUUUGGGUGCAUUUGUUCUCGAUGUUAGCUUGGGUUGUCGCUGCCGUCUACCAGUUCAAUGUGUCGGGACCGGUAACGAAGGCGCGGCACCGCAGAUCAACACUACUCGCGUUUGAAAAAGAUGGCACAGCAACUCCCGCAGCCGCGGCGCAUAGAGUUGUCAGUGAUAAAGUUCUCUCCCCUCUGCUGACCGGAUCUGGUACUGGCGAGCUCGACAAAAGCUGCGCCCUCGAUAACGACGCGGCGGAACGUUUGUCGUACGAGCGACACAAGCUCGUCGGAUACUACGUGGCGCUGCCGGCACUUUUUCUCGGUGGUUUCAGCGCGGGGGUCUGGUGGCAGAACACCUACGGGGCGCCGUUUCCUUCGCCCGUCUGGUUCUACACCGUAGGGCUGUUUCUCUGCAGCAGCGGGCAAAUCGCGCGGGGGAUCCAGCACGCUAGGAAAAUAAAAACCGACCGGCAGGAGGAAGGGAGGCAAGCGCAGCAGGAGAGCAAGAGUGGAAACGACGUUUUGGUUGCCGGACAGGUGCGACCCACGGAACCACUCCUCAGUAAUGAGGAUUUUAUAAACAGCAAUGACAACGAUGGGAUUAUUUCUGUCAAAAUAGAUGAAAAGGCGCGAGUUUCUCGUCCUGUGGAGAAGCAGCUCUCCGUGGAGACGCGUUCCAUACUCAAACCACCCGGAGGCGGUGACCAAGACGCACUGCGUUCUCCGAUGUCGGAACAGAGGCUGCAACUCCAUCAGCUCUACAUGCUCUGUGGCACCCUGUGGGCCAGCGACCCCGGGUUGCACCGCAUUGUUUUCUGGACGCGGAUCCUCGUGCUGUAUUUUGACACCACGCGAAGCUACUUCUACGGCCCAAAUUGUUCUUUCGCCACCGCAAAGGACGACCCCGUGGCGCACAUGGAAAUUUUGACGCUGGGAAAAAUGCCCGUGAACCUCUGCCUGUUGUGGGUGCUGCUGGAGUCUUGUGCGACCACCAUGUCAGCAUCGCACAUUCUUGAUGUACAAGUAGAUAAUGCCAUAGGACAAGCAACUGCGACAGGGCAUCAAAAGCUGGAUAUGAUGAAAAUAAACCGUCCAGCCUUGAUGACUGAAACGAGCAGAGUGAUCGCCUUCAAUAUUACAGUGCUGUCUUUUUGGUUCUGGGGUAAUGCGGUCUUGCAAAUGUUGAAGCCAGACUUGUCUCCGUUUCAAGCUUCGUCUUUGAUACUUGUCAUAAUUGGGUACUUUCUAGUUUCGUUUCGGUACAAAGCCUGGCGGUGGGUAAGAUUUUAGUUGUGGUUGUAGUUUAUUCGCUCAUUAGUGACCGCCGAGGCUGGUAUCGGUUUCUGAAUCUGCAUUCAACAGUCUUGAAAAGAAGAAAACGAAUCCUAAUAUCGGAAAAAUUUCAAAUCGGUGAGCUUGGAACAGUGCAGCGUUUUCGGCACAAGUUGUGAAGCAGCUGAGUUCGCGUUGAUCG